UUGUCGCCUAGAUCCUGAAUUAUAGCUCCGUCCAUCUUUACCAAUGAGCACGAUACCUCUGUCUCUCUUUGGGAACUGGCCUGGGCUACGUUUCUUUGACGCUACCCAGUACCCUCCCUCUCCUCUUACUUAUUUAAGUUUUAAAUUCCUUUUUUCGUAACUUGCACAAGCAAAGAGUUUCAACAGAGAGACACAGACGUUCACGCAUAUUUUUAUAUUAACAUCAUACGUCCAUGGCGACCAAGUUGUUGGCGUUAGCUUGCAUUGGGCGUGAGAGUCAUGGGAACCUGUCCCCGCGGCCUCACUAUCCGUCGAUGCCCAAUUACCCCAAGGGCUUGUCGGUGCAAGAGAGCAGCGUGGAGCUGGGGUCGGAGGCCAAGGCCGUAUUCUCUGUCAUGGGAAUGACAUGCUCCGCAUGCGCUGGAUCGGUCGAGAAGGCGAUCAAGCGGCUUCCUGGGAUACGCGAGGCCGUUAUCGAUGUCUUGAACAACAAGGCGCAGGUCCUGUUUUAUCCUAGCUUCGUAAACGUGGAGACCAUUCGUGAGACUAUUGAGGAUGUUGGAUUUGAAACCAAAUUAAUUGAAGAUGGGAUAUAUGAUAGAUCCACUCAAGUAUGCCGAAUACGCAUAAAUGGAAUGACUUGCACAUCCUGCACCUCAACUAUUGAAUCAGCUUUGCAAGCAAUUCGUGGUGUACAGAUGGUACAGGUGGCCUUAGCAACUAAAGAAGCAGAGAUUCAUUAUGAUCCAAAGAUUGUGAGCUACAACCAAUUAGUGAAAACCAUAGAAGAUACUGGAUAUGAAGCCAUGCUUAUUAGUUCAGGCGAAGACAUGAGCAAGAUAGAUCUCAAAAUUGAUGGUGUACAUACUGAUCAUUCCAUGAGAGCGAUCAAAGAGUCUCUACAAGCACUUCCAGGAGUUCAAGAUGUAAAUAUGUCUUUGAAAGACAACAAAAUAUCCCUUUCUUACAAACCAGAAAUGACAGGACCCAGAACUUUCAUUAAUGAGAUUGAGUCAACUGGGUCAAGAAGUUUCAAGGCUAGCAUAUAUCCCAAAGGAGGAGGAGGAAGAGAAACUCAUAGAGAGGAGGAAAUUAGGCAAUAUUAUAGAUCCUUUUUGUGGAGUUUGGUUUUUACAAUUCCUGUAUUUUUAACCUCCAUGGUUUUUAUGUAUAUACCUGGAAUUAAGCGUGGAUUUGAUACUGAAGUAGUCAAUAUGCUCACUGUUGGUAUGUUUUUGAGGUGGGUGCUAUCAACUCCAGUUCAAUUCAUCAUAGGUCGGCGAUUCUACACUGGAUCCUACAAGGCAUUGCGCCAUGGUUCUGCUAACAUGGAUGUUUUAAUCGCUUUAGGAACAAAUGCUGCCUACAUUUAUUCAGUCUACUCUGUGUUGAGAGCUGCUACCUCAAAAGAUUUUAAAGGUACAGAUUUCUUUGAGACCAGUGCAAUGCUUAUCUCAUUUAUUCUACUUGGGAAGUAUUUAGAGGUUUUGGCUAAGGGAAAGACAUCAGAGGCCAUUGCUAAACUUGUGGAUUUGGCACCUGAGACAGCAACAUUGUUAACCUUAGAUGACGAAGGAAAUGUCAUGAGUGAAGAAGAGAUCGACAGUCAGUUGAUACAAAAGAAUGAUGUGAUUAAAGUUAUUCCUGGAGCAAAAGUGGCUUCAGACGGUUUUGUGAUAUGGGGUCAAAGCCAUGUAAAUGAGAGUAUGAUAACAGGAGAAGCACGGCCAGUGGCAAAGAGAAAGGGAGAUACAGUGAUUGGAGGCACUCUGAAUGUGAAUGGGGUGUUGCGCAUAAAAGCAACACGGGUAGGAUCAGAGAGUGCUCUUUCUCAGAUUGUUCGACUUGUUGAGUCAGCCCAGUUGGCCAAAGCUCCUGUUCAGAAGUUUGCCGAUCACAUUUCUAAAUACUUCGUGCCCCUGGUCAUCAUAUUUUCUUUUUCAACUUGGCUUGCCUGGUUUUUAGCUGGGAAGUUCCAUUGGUACCCAGAAUCUUGGAUUCCAUUUUCCAUGGAUGACUUUGAGCUUGCGCUCCAGUUUGGGAUAUCUGUAAUGGUUAUAGCCUGCCCUUGUGCUCUAGGACUGGCAACACCCACUGCUGUUAUGGUUGGCACUGGAGUUGGUGCAACGCAAGGUGUACUUAUCAAAGGGGGACAAGCAUUAGAAAGUGCACAUAAGGUAAACUGCAUUGUAUUUGACAAGACUGGAACUCUCACAGUUGGAAAGCCUGUCGUCAUUGACAAAAGACUGUUAACAAGCAUGGCAGUUCAAGAUUUCAAUGAACUUAUUGCUGCAACUGAAGUGAACAGUGAGCACCCACUAGCGAAGGCCAUUGUUGAGUAUGCCAAGAAAUUCAGAGAAGAUGGAGAGAACCUAGCCUGGCCAGAAGCUCAAGACUUCAUUUCCAUUACUGGACAUGGGGUGAAGGCCAUUGUCCGGAACAAGGAAAUCAUCAUAGGCAACAAGAGCUUAAUGUUGGACCACAACAUCACCAUUCCAUUGGAUGCUGAAGAUAUACUAGCAGAAGCUGAAGGGAAAGCCCAAACUAGCAUUCUAGUAUCCAUUGAUCGUGAAGUGGUAGGAGUUUUAGCCAUAUCUGAUCCACUGAAACCAGGUGCAGAAGAAGCCAUUUCGAUUCUGAGUACUAUGAAAAUCAGGAGCAUCAUGGUGACAGGUGACAAUUGGGGAACUGCCAAUUCCAUUGCCAACGAAGUUGGAAUUAAAACUGUUGUUGCAGAAGCCAAACCUGAGCAGAAAGCAGAGAAAGUUAAGGAAUUGCAGGCUUUAGGCUACACAGUCGCAAUGGUGGGGGAUGGCAUCAAUGACUCACCAGCACUCGUGGCAGCGGAUGUUGGAAUGGCGAUUGGUGCUGGCACAGACAUUGCUAUUGAGGCAGCAGACAUUGUUCUCAUGAAGAGCAACUUGGAGGAUGUGAUAACAGCCAUUGACCUUUCCAGGAGAACCUUCUUCCAUAUUCGAUUGAAUUACUUCUGGGCUUUGGGAUAUAACGUAAUUGGCAUCCCAAUUGCAGCCGGCAUCCUUUUCCCAUCCACUAGAUUCCGAUUACCACCAUGGAUUGCUGGAGCUGCAAUGGCUGCCUCUUCUGUCAGUGUUGUCUGCUGUUCACUGCUGUUGAAAUAUUACAGGAGACCCAAGAAGCUUGACAAACUUGAGAUGCGCGGAAUAAAGAUUGAGUGAUUCAUGUUAAUGACGUAUAUGCUUUUAUAAGUAGUCAUGUUCUCUCAGGAAUAAGUCUAGGAAGUUUGUUGGUUGAAAAAAACACAAUAUCAGCCGACCAAGGUAGGUUGGCUAGAGGGCAUUCCAACAUUCCAUGUAGUGGUUAGACUGGUGAUGAAGUAAUCUAGAAGUGAGUGUAUCUGUAUUGCAGUCAAUUAUUGGAGUUAUUAAGUGCAGAGCAGCAUGUCUAGA